UGGCUCGCAGCCAACUUAACGCGACUGACGUAUGCGUUCGCAGCCAACUUAGCGCGCAAAACAGCUGUUCGUGUGGUGAAUACGAAUAGCCGAUACUGUUUCACAUUCGUAAAAUGGCGUCGGAGGUAGCGGUUGAACAACAAGACCAAGAAUUUGCUGUCAAACAAUUUAUUGAUCUCUGCAACAAUUUAGGCGCCAACUGCAGCACAGCAGCAGCAACAGCCGCCGCCUCCUCGAAUGCCAGCACAUCCAAUUUCCACGUUCACAUCAAUACACAACAGCAACAACAGCAACAGCAACAACAACAAACAACAACGACAGCAACAGUCGCUCCAGACACACAAAUUUCAUCAGCAACAACAACAACAACAACAGCAAUAUCAUCGUCAUCGUCAUCGUCAUUGCCCAUUAGGCGUCACAUCUCGCACACGACAGCCGUCAAGUUCUUGUACGCCCGUAAGUUUGAUAUACCACGCGCCGUGUCCCUAUAUGAACAGCAUGAGCAGAUACGCCAAAGGGAAUACCUAUAUAACAUUGAUGCAGGUGUGGAGCCAUUGCGCUCCGAGCUGCAAACGGGCAAAUUUACAAUACUGCCGGCGCGCACUUCCAGCGGAGCGGCGAUUGCGCUCUUUACGGCCAAUCGGCACAGUCCGCUGAGUGCCUCGCAUACGACCACAUUACAGGGUAUCGUCUAUCAGCUGGACUGUGCGCUGCAAGACACGGAGACGCAGCGUGCGGGACUUGUUUUUAUCUACGAUAUGAGUGGAUCCAAAUAUUCGAAUUUUGAUUAUGAUCUAUCGCAAAAGAUUCUCACGUUGCUCAAGGGCGGUUAUCCGGCACGGCUAAAGAAGGUGCUGAUUGUGACGGCGCCGCUGUGGUUCAAGGCGCCCUUCAAGAUACUCCGCCUGUUUGUGCGCGAGAAGCUGCGCGAGCGGGUGUUCACCGUAUCGGUGCCGCAGCUGAGCCUGCACGUGCCGCGCAAGGCGCUGCCAGUGCAUCUUGGCGGCACGCUGGAAAUAGAUCACGCCACAUGGUUGCUACAUUGCCGCAAAUCGAUGACGAAUCGUGAAGACGAACUGCUUGCCAAUAUUGUGGGUGUGGGUGUGGGUGUGGGUGUCGGUGUAGCCUUGGGUGCACCUCUCGCACCCUCAACAACAGCAACUGGAACGGCAUCAGCUGUGACUGCAACCACGACAGUGUCGCCGCUGAGCAACGGCAGCGCUGCAACAGCGGCAACAAUUAUCAGCGCCGUGCACCAGUUGGCCGAGAACAACACAACGGUGGUGACAGUCAGCGGCGAGCAGAGAACGCAGCUCGGUGCCGCCAGCGACGAGUCGGAGCCCAACGAGAACAUCACAAUAAACGGACUGAGUCCGAGUCACAGGACAGCCGCCUCAGCCGCCGCAGCCGCUGGCAACACGGGCAACGCGCUGCUCAAGCUCAACACGACCGGCAUACAGCAGCAGCAGCUGCAGCAACAGAGCAACGGUGCUGCUGCCGUCGCUGACAUUGCCCCAGUGUCAACAGCACCAACGGCGGCCGCGACUGCGGCAGCUGCUGCUGGCAGCGCUGUCAACGGCAGCGCCGCUGGUUUGGCCAGCAACGGUAGCGGCAACGGAAGCGCCGGCGGUGGCGGUGGCGGUGGCGAAUUCUGGUCGGAAAAUCCGCCGAGCAGCGCCUCAUCUGGUUUCAGUGACGACGACAGUCUGGCCGGCCAGGAGGGUGAUCCCAAAACGAUUGAGCAAAUCGUUCAAAUGGUGCGCGAGCGCUGCCGCCAUGGUCUAAUCAAAGAGUAUGCGGAUAUACGGAAUCGGGCGCCCGAGGGCACCUUCCUGCAUGCGCGCAUGCGCAACAAUUUGACCAAAAAUCGUUACACAGACGUCCUCUGCUAUGAUCACAGUCGUGUGGUGCUCGCCCGCGAGGAUGACGACGAGCUCUCCGACUAUAUAAAUGCGAAUUUCGUCGAUGGCUAUAAACAGAAGAACGCCUAUAUUUCAACUCAAGGUCCAUUACCAAAGACAUCCCAGGACUUUUGGCGCAUGAUCUGGGAACAACAUUGCUUAGUUGUAGUUAUGACAACGCGCGUCAUGGAGCGCGGACGUGUUAAGUGCGGCCAAUACUGGGAGCCGACUGAAGAAAGUUCCUUGGAGUUUGGGAAUUACCAUGUGCGAACAAUUAGCGUCGAGUGCAAUGAGGAUUACACCGUUGCAUCCCUUGAAUUGAGAAACCUAAAGACUGACGAAAUUCGCAAUGUGUCACAUUGGCAGUUCACCAGCUGGCCGGAUUACGGCGUGCCCAGCUCUGCAAUGGCCAUGCUCAACUUUUUGCAGAAGGUUCGCGACAAGCAGGCAGAGCUGGUUCGCGCCCUCGGCGAUACCUGGGCUGGUCAUCCACGCGGCCCGCCCAUUGUGGUGCACUGCAGCGCUGGCAUUGGACGCACGGGCACCUUCAUCACGCUGGACAUCUGCAUAUCGCGUCUGGAGGAUGUCGGCACCGCGGACAUACGCGGCACCGUUGAGAAGAUACGGUCGCAGCGCGCCUACUCUAUACAAAUGCCGGAUCAAUAUGUUUUCUGCCAUUUGGCGCUCAUCGAGUAUGCGAUCUCGCGCGGCAUGCUCCAAACGGUCGACUUGGCGGGCUUCGAUGAGCGGGAACAGGACUCCGAGUAGGCAUUGACACACAAUUAAAUCGCGGCCACGCAGCAGCCACAAGGAAUACAUAUUGUAUACAGAUUACUUAUAUUAUGGUCACUUUUUUUUAUAACUAUUAUUAUUAUUAUUAUUAUUAUUAUUUUUAUUUUUAUAUAAUAUUAUUAUUAUGAAUUGAAAUUGUAAUUUUGUAUUAGCUGCUUCAUUCAGACCUAUAGGCAAACGAUUUAUGUUUAUUUAAAUAAUAAUAAUUAUGCCUUUUUUGUAAACAUACCAUUUAUAUAUAUAUAAAAUAUAUAUAUAUAUAUAUAAAUUAUGUAUAUGAAAGAGAAAGAGGAUAGAGCAAGCGAGAGCGAAUGAUACAAGUUCGAUGUAAGCGAAUGGUAAUUGUAAAGUUGACUAUUUUUUUUUUUUUGUGUAUGUUUCUGAUUAUUAUUAUAUUAUUCUAAUUUAAUAUUUAUGUGAAAAUUAAUGUAUAGCUGCAAACUGUGCAAAGUAGUUGCUUGACUAAUUCCCUAGGUGUAUGUGCAUGUGUAUGUGCACACAUGCACCCGGCGGAUAAAUGCCCAAGCAGAAAAAUUGUACAUGCGUGUGUGCUUGUGUGUAAGUGCGUGUGUGUGUGUGCGCGUGUGUGUGUGAUUCCAAUUGGAAGAACCCUUUCUACUUAUAUAUACGGUUAGCAUAAUUGCGAACGGGAUGUGCAUAUAUGAUACAAAUAUCCGCACACACGAACAUCCACACACACACAUACAGACGCAUGCACACACACAUACGAACAUACCUACAUAGUAUGUAUAUGUAUAUGUAUUUGUAUUUAUACCAAUUUUUAUGUAAUGUACGUAAUUAAUAUUUAAAAUGCAUUAUUUUCUACGCGAAUCAUUUCAUGAUUAGAAA